AUGUCUUCACUCUCCGCUCUCCGCCGCCCAAGACCUCUCUCCCUUACAGGACCUCGGAGAACUGUCUCCGCCGCCCCGCGAGGAUCAGAACACGGUGUACUGUCGUCAGCUGGCCAACGUGGCCAUGUCCGUUGGGCGUCUCUCGCCCACUUUGACAUCGGAUGCUCAACUCCACCGCCCCCACCACCCAUGACGGUGGAACAAGUCGACAAGAUCAAACAGAUGCAACAACAACACCGUCAGCGCCAAGAGCAGAUGCAAUUGGAGUCGAAACAGAGGCUGCGUCAACAACAGGAGCUGCAACAGACACUGGCCAAGGACCGAGCCACGCUGAUAAAGCAACAACGUCUGCGACAGCGUCCAGGAUCUUGGUCGGGAAACGUUGCCUCAUUCAAGGCGUUAUCCGAGGUUGAGGAAGGGUCGAUCCGUCAAGAAUAUCAACCAUCGGUUCGAGAGCAUGGCCGCAGUCUUUCCAUAUCCGAACAAAAGAUGCGCCUCUCGACCACAGCAGACUCCUCUACCUCGACUCCUCAAUCCCACCCCGAUGCAACCCUCGAGAGUUCCACAGACAGUCAUCGGGACAACGUACACCAAGGACUCGAGACGCACCAGGAAGAAUGA